UCCCACUUCUACUUUCAUUUUCUCAGCUCCCAAACAUCUUUAAUUUCUUUCCCCCAUGGAAAAGUUUCAGAUGUUGUUCCCUUCCUCCUCCUCCUCUUCUUCAGCUCACCAUCAGUACUACGAUGAUGAUCAUCAUCACAAUAGUAUCAACUUCUUGUCAUCAUCGUCGUCACCACCAUCAUCCACGUCAAUGAAUGAUGGUCCAUCUAUGAUGACCAUGGGGUCGAGCGCAGCAGAUCAUGAUUACCAUCAUCAUCAUCAGAUCAGUACUAAUAACGAUGAUGGCCGUCAUCAGGAGCAGGUUGUUAGUGUGGCCAUGGGGCAGCCGGGAGCAGCAGAUCAAGGAGAUGGAGGGAAGAAGAAGAAGGGAGAGAAGAAGGUGAAGAAGCCUAGGUAUGCUUUCCAGACGAGGAGUCAAGUCGAUAUCCUUGACGAUGGCUAUCGAUGGAGGAAGUAUGGCCAAAAAGCUGUCAAGAACAACAAGUUCCCAAGGAGCUAUUACAGGUGCACGUACCAAGGCUGCAAUGUGAAGAAGCAAAUUCAAAGGCUGACCAAAGAUGAAGGAGUAGUGGUCACAACUUAUGAAGGCGCUCACACCCACCCUAUUGAGAGGCCUAGUGAUAACUUUGAGCACAUCUUGAACCAGAUGCAAAUCUACACACCCUUUUAAUUGAUGAUGAUGAUUAUUAUUAUUAUCAAUACACUCCUUCUUUUCUAAUUAAUCACUCAAUAGACAUAUGUUCUUUAAAUCAUUAUAUAAACAUAAUAUUUAUUAGUUAUAAUUACAACUAGCUUUUGUUUUCAUUUUUACCAAUUAAUUAUUAUGUAAUUUGAUACCAUGUACAUAUUAUUUUAUGUAUCAGCCUAUCAUCACAAUGGGUAAAUUAUUAAGUAUAUGGGAAAAAAGUGCACCCUUAAUCUUUAUAAAAUCUUCAAAAUUAUUAAAGAUAGUUACCAUGGAGACAACAUUUUUCAUAGUAAACCAAAAAAAAAAAAAAAAGAGAAGAUGAGGUUAGAAAGUCGAAGAGAGUGUCAAGAACUAGUUGGUUUUAAUAACUCAAUUGAUCAUAAUAUAUAUAAAAUAUGUAUAUUGUAAAAGAAAACACACGUUUGUAAAUAAGAUGAGAGUCAUAUCCAUAUUCAGAAAAGAUAAACCUAGUAGUGGGCAAUGGCGGAUAGUGGGUUAACUCGAAAAGUAAUUUUCAACUAACCUUUAAGCAAGUAGGACUAACAUUUAUAAUAAGUUCCUCAUAGAAUCAAAUUCUUAUCAAUCUUCGUCAUUUAAAUGCACGUCAGGAAGAGGUCCUUACUCAUAAUCCCUCACACUGAAGCAGUUGAUAAAAUUACUCAAAAGGGGUUGGAGGAGAGACAACAAAUAAGUCUAAGAAAAAAUACAGAACAAGCCUACAAGUUGAGCUUGAAGAAGUUUGGAGUAUAUUUCACUUUCGAAGAGCGCCAAUGCAUGAAUCGAUGUUCAACUUGAAACUCAACACAACUUUUAUUUCUUAACCGAACAAAAGAGUAUAAUUCAUUAAUUUCUGGCUAGAGCAUCAGAAUGAAUAUACCUAAUGAUUGAGCAUUACAAUUUACAAGGAAAAAGUGACCAAAAUUCAACGAACUAAGUAUAUGCUAUCUCAACUAAUUGAUAAAGUUUCGAACAUGAACUAUUUAAUAGUGGCUUAACUAGAAUCCCGAGAGGGCUAACUAUACAUUGCAAGUUUCCUUCUUGCAGUUGAGACUCACUAUUGCUUCUGGCUAGCUAUCGACAUAUGUCAUGAACAUAACAACAGACAAUAGAAAACUGGUAUGUUGAAAUAUACUGCUACUAACCACUGUAUAUAUCAUUGACAAUGAGGCACACAGUAUAAAGCUGGUAUGUUAAUAGCUAGUAAUCGAAUCUCCACUAAUGUCAUAAACAUAUAGACAUAUCAACAUACGAGAGCCUGAAUAGGCAUCUGUUCGGCAUCACACAAAAUUGGUUCUUGUGUACCAUCUACAUCAGAACAUAGAGCUCGCCUACUCGAGCUCACCUGAAGCCUCCUUGAAGAAGAACCUCAUAUACAAAGAAUGAAAGAACAAGAGAUUGUCUCUUCUAUAGCAUUGUUCUUCUAUUGUAUGUACCAUCAUUUUUUGUAUCGUAUGUACUCUUAUUCUUGUCGACGUUCUUAUACACUAGGGAUGACUGUGUUGAUGCUGGUGAAAGAGUGGGCAUGAGUUGGUUCUGCCGGUGAUGGUGGUGAAACAAAUACGUCUCUGGUCAACUGUGACAGUUGUUGUGGUGGUGGUCAUGACAGUGAUGGUGGGUGAAGGAUUUUCUGUCUCUGUACUGCUUAAACUUGUUGUCGAUGUAAACACAAAGGUACUCUGUUCCUGAAACAAAUAGAGAAUCAAUGAGGAAGUGGACUAGCUACCUAGCAUAAGUGUGUAUAUGAUCUCAUUGUGUGAUCUUGUUCCCAACUGACAUAUAACAUAUGUAGAACUAAACGUGGCUGCAGGGGCUAUUACAGGUGUAUAUACCAAGGUUGCAAUGUGAAGAAGCAAGUUUAAAGGCUAACGGAUGAAGGAGUAGUGAUCACAACUUAUGAAGGCGCUCACAACCACCCUAUUGAGAGGCCUACCGAUAACUUUGAGCACAUCUUGAAUCAGAUCCAAAUCUACAUUCCCUUUUAAUUGAUUUUUAUUUUAUUUUAUGAAUAUACUCCUUUUUUAAUUAAUCAAUAAAGAUAUAUAUUUUCUUUAAAUUAUUAUUUAAACACAAUAAAGAUAUAUAUUUUCUUUAAAUUAUUAUUUAAACACAAUAAAGAUAUAUAUUUUCUUUAAAUUAUUAUUACUAGUUAUGCUUACAACUACCUUUUAUUUUCAUUUUUACCAAAUUGAUUAGUGUGUAGUUUAUUAGGAUAUACAUGUGUUGAUGUAUCUACGUAUAAUCACAAUCACAACGGGUAAAUGAUUAAGUAUAUGUAAGAAGAAAAUAGUAAAUAUAGGAUCUAUAAUCUUUCUAAAAUAUUUGAAUUCAGUAUACCUAGUCUAUUUUAUUUCUUAACAUGAAAAGUCUAUUUUAUUUCUUAACAUGAAAAAAACAUAGUAUAAUUAGUUUCUAGACUGGAGGCAUUAUCAUCAAUCUAUACACUAUAAAUACACCUUUCAUAUAUCCACCAGCAUCUCCAUCCUCUUCUCAUUUUCUUCCUUAGAGGGUGAUGAUGAUGCAUCAUUCCCAUAAUCAUUCAACCAUUAUGAAGCUUCGCUAAGUGCAAUCUCAACACUAGUCUUGUCAUGUUAAUCUCAAAUGAUAUUAAUAAUAUAAUCACUUUUUGCGAGCGGCCUUGACAUCGAAUGUGUAUCUCUUUAAUCAAUUCUUUGCUUCAACACGCUCCUUGAUUUUCUUGUCUUCCUCGGCCAUCUGUUCUGUCUCUUUUAUCAUCCUCCCAAUCUCUUCCACCGUAAGAUUUACUUUGUAGUUAUUAAUAAGUAAUAAAUAUAAAUUCAAAUUUCUCCGCCGUGUUGUUCUUGCAUGUUAUGUUGAGUACUCCGUCUGCAUCAACCUCGAAUGCAAUCUCGAUUGUAGCAACGCAUAUGCACAAAAUAUAUUAUUAUGAGUAACAACUAAAAUUUCCAAUUAUUCAGUGCACGCUUAUACUGUUGGUUCACCAUGUGCAUACCCUGACCAUAGACUCAUAUACAUAGUAAAUAGGAUUAUUUGCUAAAAAAAUAUCGUUACUGUAUAUGCUCCUACAAUAGGGAACGUUGGAGAGAGUACUCCAAAGAUGUCAACAUGUGUUGCUAAUCGGCAUGUGGGCAAAAAAAAAAAAACUCAAAUGUUAAGUGGUGAUCAUAAACUCAUAUAUAAUAAAGUUAUUGGAAACUAAAGGGUUGUUUGGAGGUUGGGAUUCUCCAAAUUGAAGUAUUUAAUCAAUUUGUGUAUUAUAAUUUGAUGUAUUGAUUAAAUGUAUGAAUUUGAAAAAUAAUUUGAUUAUAGGUUUACACAAUGCUUUGUUAUAAAUGAAAAAGUAGAGGGUAGACAAUCCCUUGGUCACAAUCUCACAUUUUGGUAGAGAUUGAUAAUCACUCAUUUUGAGUGAUUGUGGGUGGAUCCAGAAAAAGGUAAUACAUGUAUUAUAUCACAAAUUUAACUGGAAAAAUGACUUAAUCUUGACAUUACAUGCAUUGGCUAAAUACAUCGCUUCAAAUCCCAACCUCCAAACGACAUCUUGACAUAAGAUAAGUAAUUGUAACAACUAUUAUAUUUCUCCAAUUUUUAUAAACUUAAUAUGUACUUUCAAUAACUACACAAAGUGACUAGUUUGCGAAUUCUACAACCUUGAAACUCAUCAAAACUUUUAUUUCUUAACCAAACAACAAAGUAUAAUUAAUUAUUUUCUGGCUGGAGCAUCAGCAUGAACAUAACCUAAUGGGUGAACAUUACAAGGCAAAAAUGAGACCAAAAUUUGACGAAUUUAAUAUACGCUAUCUCAAUUAAUCGAUAAAACUUGGAAUAGGAACUAUUUGACAGUGGCUUAACUAGAAUCCUGGGAGGGCUAACUAGACAUUGCAAGCUUCCUUCUUGCAGUUGCUUACUUCUUCUCUUCCUUGGGAGUUUCUUUAUGGGGAACCUUUGUUUCUACUUCCUUUGGUGUUGCCUUCUCAGUCCUGAAAAUAACGCAAAUACCAUGCCAUUAGCCUCUCGGAUCAUAAGUAGAUCACAUCAAGAACUGCAAAUUGAGUGACUCAAUACUCCAAAUGAUCGAUUGAACAAGCUAAAAGAACAGCAAAGCGGAGAUAUGAUCUCCCCAUGUGUACUAUUCCUAUGGAUUAAACAAUCAUGUGAGCAACACCAUAACAGUAGGAGGUAGCAUAAGCAACACCAUAAAGGUUCAGACGAAGUAAUCUAUUGGAGUUUCACUGCAUGAUGGUUUACUACCUAAAGCUUUGAUAAGACUGGCAACAGCCUAAAAGUGUGUUAAGAACCUUCAUUACAACAAAAUUAAAUAGCACAAGCUAGAUAACCAGUCAUUUCAAGUCGCCAAAAGAGUAGAGUAUUUAAAGUCACUUGGACUAUGCUUGUAGAAGUCACUACUAGAGAGUCGUUACGAGUAAUUGACUAUAGGCAAAUCACAAAGCAUUAAGAGGAAUAAAAACUACAAGGCAAUGAACAAAUAUUUCAGAUUUUCAAACUGCUAUUCUUCCCUUCUGAUUCAAGUAUGAGUGACUAAGUAGCUCUAUUAUGCCUUCUGUUCUCACCAUUUCUUCCCUAAAACAAAGGCACUUCUGUCCCGACCACCAGGAAACCAGAAUCGCAGAGCAAGUGAUUUUCAGGAAGGUAUAACUUGGAAGCUGGACCUCAAAAGGGUACCAAAUCACCUAAGAAAAAGUGAGGUCAUGUACCCACUUCUAACUCGGCAAAAGGGGGCAAAACACAAGAGACUGCCUUAAUACAAAUGCCUACUUCUUUCCCAUCUUCUCUGAGGUCUAGACCGUACAACAGCAAUCCAAAAAGUGGGAAAAGGGAAAAUCCGGAGCAUAAAUAUGUUCAUAACAUAGACGAAACAGAACUACAAGGUCAUCCUAUACUAUGCAAAAGGGUUCUCCAGUAUCGAGAAUAUACUGACUAUAGUAACCACAAACUCCAGGUAAAUUAUCAAACAACUAUAGUUCACAAGCAGACAUGCAUAUCCGACUCUCAACUAGGAAGAAAGCAGCACAGUGGUA